AUGGCGGCGGCGGCGGGCCUGGGGGCGGCUGAGGCGCCGUGCGCCCUGCUGCUCGUGGUGGGCGGCGAGUGCGGGCGCCCAGGGCUGCUGGCCUACGUCCUCGAGGAGCUGGAGCGAGGUGUCCGGUCCUGGGACGUAGACCCCGACAUCUGCAACCUCGAUGAGCAGCUCAAGGUGUUUGUGUCUCGGCACUCGGCCACCUUCUCCAGCAUCGUCAAAGGCCAGCGGAGCCUGCACCACCGUGGGGAUGCCCUGGACACUCUGGUCCUCCUCAACCCGUCGGACAAAUCACUAUGUGAUGAGCUCCGGAACUUUCUGCUGGAUCCUGCCCCUCACAAGCUGGUGGUGUUGGCUGGGCCCUGCCUAGAGGAGACGGGAGAGCUGCUGCUCCAGACAGGAGGCUUCUCGUCCCGCCACUUCCUCCAAAUCCUGGCGGACAAGGAGAUUGGGGAGCUGCUGGCCUCAGCGUCACCUCCACCCACCCCACCCACGCUCACCAUCACCUGCCCAACCUUUGGCAACUGGACCCAGCUGACUACGAACCUGCCAAGCCUGCCAGGGGUGCUCCAACUGCGGCUGAACCCACCGGCAAAGCUGCCGGCCUCCGAGGGCCUGCGGGAGUUCCUUGAGUACGUGGCUGAGUCCCUGGAGCCGCCCUCGCCGUUUGAGCUCCUGGAGCCGCCGGCUGCCGUGGGCUUCCUCAAGAUCGCCAGGCCCUGCUGCUACGUCUUCCCUGGUGGCCUUGGCGACGCUGCCUUCUUUGCUGUCAACGGCUUCACCAUCCUGGUCAAUGGGGGCUCAAGCCCCAAGUCAAGCUUCUGGAAGCUGGUGCGGCACCUGGACCGCGUGGAUGCAGUGCUGGUGACCCACACCGGUGCCGACAGCCUGCCGGGCCUCAACAGCCUGCUGAGGCGGAAGCUGGCCGAGCGUGAGGCAGCCGAAGCCGGCGGUGGGGGCGACGAGGGUCUGCGCAACCUCAUCUCCCCUGAGCUGGGCGUCGUGUUCCUGAACUCUGGCGUGGCUGCACAGCCGGUGGGCGAGGAGGCACAUCUAGUGCGUGGUGUUGAUGAGGCUGGGCUGGCGCUGGGGCUGCUGGCCCGCCUGGGCAUCUCACCUCUGCCUCUGAGCCGAGGGUCGUUGCCCACACAGCCCACUGUGCUCUUCCAGAAGAUGGGUGUGGGCCGGCUGGACAUGUAUGUGUUACACCCUGUCUCCGAGGCUGCUGGGCGCAGUGCUGAUCGGGCACUAGCCUCGGCCUGUGUCUUGCUGGUGUGGCAGCCGGCCGGCCCGACUGAGAAGGUGGUGAGGGUGCUCUUCCCAGGCUGCACACCUCCCGCACGCCUGCUCGAGGGCCUGGCCCGCCUGCAGCACCUGGGCUUCCUCCGAGAGCCUGUGGUGACGCCGCAGGACCUGGAGGGGCCACGGCGUGCUGAGAGCAAGGAGAGCCUGGGGUCCCGAGACAGUGCUCGGGGCAAGGAGCGACCAGGGAUAGCCCGCAAAGAGACCCCUCGGGCUGAGAAGGAUGCCAGGCUGCCUCCCCGAGAGACCAAGAAGGACCCUAGACCCAGCACGUUGAGGACUCAGCCCCGGGAUGCACGCCGAGGACCCUCCACCACCUCUGAUGUCAAGAAGGUGGUGGCCCCAGUGUCAGCCAAGUCCCGGAGAGUGCCUGACACGUCCCGCUCAGCUGUGGAGAAUGGACCUCGAAGUCCCCCCAGCUUCCGCUGUGGUGAGACCAGCCCCCCGCCGACAUCAUCCAUGUCGCCAGCACCUCAGCUGGCAGCUACCCCCAGCCUAGAGCGCAGCCUGGAGCUAGGCCUGAGUCCUGCCACUGGCGACGAGGCCUGCAGCUCCGAGGAGCAAACACUGGAGCUGCUGUCCACGGCCAGCACGCCACAGCCACACUCGCCAUCCCCUGCCGGCCCGCGCCGAGGGGGGCCCGCUGACAGUGGUGGGCGCCUAUCUCUGAGCCCACUUAGGGCUGGAGAGGCAGCACCUGAUGCCUCCCCCACCGUGACCACACCCUCGCUGCCUGCAGAGGUGGGGUCGCCACACUCCACUGAAGUAGAUGAGUCCCUCUCUGUGUCCUUUGAGCAGGCUCUGCCACCACCCACUGCCACCGGUGAGCCAGGGCUCAGCCUCCCGCUGCGGGGGCCCCGGGCUCGGCGCUCGGCCUCACCACACGAUGUGGACCUGUGUCUGGUGUCGCCCUGUGAGUUUGAGCACCGCAAAAUCGUGCCCCCUGCUGCUGUGGCUUCCCCAGGUGGCUGUUCCAACGACAGCAGCGCCCGGUCCCAGGAGCGAGGCCCGGGUGGCCCCGGGCCUGAGGAGACACCACCCACAUCCCUCAGCGAGUCGCUGCCCACCCUGUCCGACUCAGAGCCCCUUCCGGCCAUGCCAGACCCUGCAGACUCGGACGAUGAAGACACCGAGAGCCUGGGCGUGCCCCACCGCCGCCGGGACCCACUGGCCGCCCCGCUCAAGGACCCCCGCCCGAUGCCCGCCCCACCUGGAGUCUGCAUGGUGGACCCUGAGCAGGCACGCCGCGUGGAGGGCCUCAGCCGCACCCGGAAGCCUCUGACCCGCGCCAGUUCUGGUACCGGUGCCACUGGCCCCAAAGUUUCAACCACUGGCACUGCCAAAACCAGAGGACUGGCCAGUGGGGAUCGUGCCAGCCGGCCGCUCAGCACCCGGAGUGAGCCUGCCGACAAGACAGCCCGGGCACCGCUGUCCAAAAAGGCUUCUGUCCCCAAGAUGGCCACCCGGGUCCCAGCAGGCACAGCUGGCAGCCGCCCUAGUGGCCCUGCUGUCCCACCGGGCAACCCCAUCUACCUGGAUCUGGCCUACCUGCCCAGCGGGGCCAGCGCCCGCCUGGUGGAUGCCGAGUUCUUCCGUCGGGUGCGCUCCCUCUGCUAUGUCAUCAGCGGCCAGGACCAGGGCAAGGAGGAGGGCAUGCGGGCCCUGCUGGAUGCACUGCUGGCGGGCAAGCAGCAGUGGGACCGCGAGCUGCAGGUGACCCUGAUCCCCACCUUUGAGUCGGCAGCCAUGCACGAGUGGUACCAGGAGACACAUGCCAGGCAGCAGGCACUGGGGCUCACGGUGCUGGGCAGCAACAGCACAGUGGCCAUGCAGGACGAGACAUUCCCUGCCUGCAAGGUGGAGUUCUAG